UUUCUUCAACACUCCAAAAAGUUAGUCAUCCGUCGCAGAAGUGAAGAACACACACCCCCGCAAACCGGAAUCCGUCUAAACUCCCCGUCUGCUAGCAAAUCGGCCGGAAAGAAGCCCAAAACGUGCCCCGAAAUGGCCGACGUGCAAGUCAUCAGCGGGAACGACGUGGUGAAGAUUAACGUGUCCAACUCGCACAACGAUGCCGUCUCGUUCGAGCGCCGGUACAGCAAAUCGCUCAAGAUUUCCGAGUUCAAGGCCAAACUGGAACCCAUCACGGGCGGCUCGGCGGCGACCAUGAAGCUGGAACUGUUCAGCGGAGAUCGGCUGGUGGCCCGCCUGGACGACGAUGACCACCUGCUCGGCCGCUACCCCAUCGAGGACGGCAUGCGGGUUCACGUGACGGACAACUUUGCGUUCGUGCAGGAAAACGUGGCCAAGUUCGAGCUCAGCCAGGACGAGUACGACAAGAAGCAGGACAGCGUGCGGAACUAUUUGCGCCGGAACAAGCUCGGGAAGUACAACGAGGAGGAGAUGGCCAAGCUGGAGGAGGAACGGAAGCAGCAGGAGGCGGAGGAAGCGGCCAAGCUGGAACUGGCCACGGUUGGGGCGCGGUGUAAGGUGACGACCAAGGGACAACCGACGCGACUCGGUACGAUCAUGUACAAGGGAGAGCUGGAAGGGAAGCCGGGCAUGUUUUUGGGGGUCAAGUUUGACGAACCGCUCGGGGUGAACGAUGGCAGUAGCAACGGGAAGCGAUACUUUGAGUGUGGACCGAAGUACGGGAGCUUUGUGAAGGUCAACGCGGUUGAGGUUGGGGAUUUUCCCCCGGAGGGUGACGAUUUGGAUGAUGAGCUGUAGGAGGGCAGUUGAAGGUUUAAGAUGGACCAUUCCUUAAAAAGAUCUUCGGUAGCUUUGGAACAUUGCACUGCGUUGCCGCUGCUAACCACUUUCUCCUUAUUUUAGUCGUCUAAUUGUAAGCUCUCUUCCUGUUUCAUUGUGUCGAGAAUAAAAUUCACCCAUUGCGCCCUCAA